AGUAAAUGUUUGUUGUUUUAUUUAAACCCUGCGUGUGAGUGUGUGUGUGUGUCUUCGACUAAGUCCAGACUUGGUGAACAUUUGUAAUCAAGGUUAAAGGAGGUGCAAAAGUUAUAUAAAAGUCUGUUCAAAAUUAUACAAAAACUAUUUGAACUAAUUUACCCUGCGUGUUCCGACUAAAUUAUUUCCCCCAACAAAAUGAGUGUCGAAAGGGAUGAUGAAUACAGUAAAUUUGUGCCAAAUAAAUUAUCAUAUCAUGUGGUACCCGGUGCAGAGUUUCAAUGUAAAUUAGCCACUCAUGCCGCCCAUACACGCAAACUAUCGACAAUCGAUGAACAGGAUUGUGAUGGGGCCAACAGACGGGGUAUUAUGAAUCAGGUUCUGUCCACUUGUGCUGUUCUCCUACUCUCUGCUGCCUGUGGCAUGCCCAUUGGCUAUUCGGCGGUGCUGUUGCCCCAGCUGAUGGAUACGAAUACCACAGAGGUUCCCAUCGAUGUUAACAUUGGUUCAUGGAUAGCCAGCGUCCAUAGUUUGGCCACACCAUUUGGCUCCUUGAUGUCUGGUCCUUUGGCUGACUAUUUGGGACGGCGGAAAACCCUGAUGGUUUCGAUUAUACCAUUAUGUUUUGGCUGGAGCAUCAUGGCAAUGGUUAAAUCGGUGAAAGUUCUAAUAUUUGCACGUUUCCUGUGCGGUUUUGCCACGGGCAUUUUGGGUGGACCCGGACAGGUGUAUAUAGCAGAGACAGCGGAACCGAAUUUACGUAGUCUCCUCAUUGGUGCUCCCUAUGUGGCCUAUUCGUGUGGCAUUCUUCUGGUCUAUACACUGGGCUCAGUGUUCUAUUGGCGCACUGUGGCAUGGUGUGCCAACAUUUUGCCUCUGUGUGCCAUGGUUGCCAUUUUCUGUAUUCCAGAGACACCCAAUUGGCUGCUGCGCAAUGGCCACGAGCAACGUGCCCUGCUUGCUCUGAGAUUCCUACGCGGCAGCGAGAUAACAGCCCAAAAGGAACUCAACGAUAUGAAGCAUCGUCUGUCCAAGGAGCGAGCCACAACCAAGACGAAUGAAAACAUCUUCACGCUCUGCUGCCAGCGGGUGGCGAUUAAACCCUUGUUCAUAGUGAUUGUCUUCUCGCUGCUGCAAAUGUUCUCGGGCACCUUCAUUGUGAUCUUCUAUGCCGUCGAUAUUAUAUCGGAAUUCGGUGGAGAUUUCGACACGAAACAGGCGGCCAUUUGGACAGCGGCCGUUCGUGUGAUAUGCUGCAUGAUCUUCUGUGGAGUUUUGAUCUUUGUGCGGCGACGUCGCAUCAUGAUUAUCGCGGGCAUUGGCUCUGGUAUCUUCUGUCUGGUCCUGAGUUGCUACAUGUACGCGCGAAUGGGCGAACCCAAGAUGUCCUACGAUGUUCUGGUGGCUGGAAUUUGUCUGCUGGGCUAUAUAGUAUUCAAUACGGCUUUAAUGGUAAUGCCGGGCAUCAUGAUUGGUGAACUAUUCCCGGCAAGAAUUCGUGGACGCACGGCUGGCGGUGUCUUUGCCUCCAUGAAUGUGGCCCUCUUCAUCUUUGCCAAAGGUUUUCCUGCCCUUCAAGCGGCAUUGAAAAUGCGCGGCGUCUUUCUGGUCUUUGCCUUGUCCAGUUUCCUGCUCACCAUCUUCAUGUGUCUGUUCCAACCAGAGACAAAGGGCCGAAGUUUGGAUCACAUCGAGGACUACUUCAAUGGCAAUAAUUGGCUUUGGUUCCGCCGCGAUCGGGGCUAUAAGACGGUUAAGUUGCUGCCGCUGCAGCCACUCAAAGAAAACUCAACGAGCGUUGUGGAGGGCGCUUAAUAUCUUCAAGGGGACAAAAUGAAAUACAUUUUAGUACAGGGUUCUUAAGAUUCCAAUUUACCAGUUUAGUCUUGGGUUAGUCGUAGCAUUUAGUUUAUAAUAUAGCCCACAGUGCCUCGUAGUUUUAGUAGCCAGUGUUUUCCCUCUAAAAACCAGCGAAAUGUUUAAGUUAAUCCCUUGAAAUUGUGAUUUUUAUGCAUUAUAUAAAAUUAGACGAUAAAUCAAAUACAUUUUACACUAAGUUAAUAAAAGUAUAUAUACAUGAGA